AGGGGGGGCUGGCCGCCCCUCCCCCCGGGGGCAAGGCAUGGCCCGGCCAGGCGCUCGGGGCGGCAGAGGCGAUGGUGACCACGGAGAGCGCGGAGCCCGGAGGGCUGAGAAAGAUGCUGAAGCCCUUAGUGGAGAAACGGCGGAGGGACCGUAUCAAUAGGAGCCUGGAAGAACUUCGCCUCCUCCUACUGCAGAGAACUCAGUGCCAGACUCUGAAGAACCCUAAAGUGGAGAAAGCGGAGAUCCUGGAUGUCGCCGUAGGAUACCUACGAGAGAUGAACUCUGCUAAACCCCAGGGCGCUGACCUCCCGGAGGACGGGACCCUGCAGACCUGCUACAUGAUGGGGUUCCGGGAAUGCCUCCUCGGCCUGGCGGCUUUCAUCCAGCAAGCCCACCCUUCCGUGCAGAGCCACCUGCUCGACACCUUGCACCUGUACCUUGCGUCCAAGCCGGAGCCCCGCAGCCACGACUGGAGCUGCGGGCCUCUCUCCCCGAGCUCUUCCUUGGGGGAAACGCCUCCGAGGACUCCGGAGGCCUUUUGCUCCCCUCUGAAGCAGACCGACGAACCGUUGCGCAGCCCGGACCCACCUCGAUCCGGCGGGGGACAACUCGCGAGUCAGCAGAGACACACCCACCAGGGCAGCGCCUCUCCCAAAAGGAUGCCUCCGCCACAGGCUUAUUGGAGACCUUGGCCCUAGACCCGAGUGUAUAAACACUCCCCACCCUCGAGACCCAACCAGGGGGGCAUUUUUUUUUUGUACAUACCUGUAAAAAUCUGCGAGUGCUGGGAUUGCGGCAGGUGUCUUUGGAAUUUAUAAUACCGUGGGGUAUUUAGCAUUCUCCCUCCUGAGAAAGGUAGAUAGUUUCUGAGCCGCUAGUAGAGGGGUCCCCAUAUUGCUCCAGGGCGCCACUUACCUGCUGACACCUUUCCAGGUACCUGCCAAGUGUGUUUAAAAAGUGGGCAGGGGUUCGGCCCAAGGGAGUUUCUGACCAGUCGCCGGAGAGUUGGCUGGCUGUUUUAAAAACGUUGCUUUGGGCAACAGCUGCAACCACCCACAGCUGUGUGACCGAAGGUAAGCUACGGCAGCAUUGUUGUGACUGCGCCCAUCACCCCAUAACAAAGUUCAGGGAGAUUGGGACGGGAACCCUGACCCAGUGGCUUGGAACCAGGUGGGAGUCUUUCCCCCCACCCCAAAGCUUAGCAGGCCUUGAAAACAAAACGAAAGGAUCCAUAAUUGGAGGCUGACGCUCCCAGGUAAGUAACGGAUGGGGUGGUCGCGAGCAGCGCAGCCUGCUCUUUCCCCGAGCCUGCCUUCGAGGCCUGCCCAGGAGGCAGAAAUCCAGAGAGCGCAGCUUUUCCUAGCAGCACAAAUUGGCAGCGGGGAAAGCUGUAUUCCUGGAACAUCCCCCACAGCUUGUGUAGGGCCUCAACUCAUUUUUUGGUACUCUGGUAAGCUGUACCCAAAUGGCAUCCUGUUAGAGAUGCUAAAUUUAGUCCCUUUUCCAUGCAACCACAUGUUAUUGCGUAAGCUGCAGUGUUACCAAGAGGUUGAGACUAGGGCCCAUUAGAAACUCUGGAGCGGAACGUGCUGUCUCAGCGCACAACACACAAGCAACUGGAUUCCCACACACCUUAAAUAUCUCAUAUCCGAUAUAGAAGUUUGGGUGCGCGAGUGUAUGAUGGCGUGCUUGAAUUUCCGUAUUUGUGGGCAUGCAGAUGUAUAUAAAUACGUUGUUGAAAUCACGGCAUUUUUUUUCCUUUCAGCUCGAAAAAAAAAGUUUAACUCUAACUCGCCCCUUUUCUUUGAUUUGUGUUCAAAAUUUCUUAUAUAUUAAUUUUCUUCUAGCUAUGACUUGUAUUUGGGUUCUCCUCUUUUAAAAAAAAGAAAUAGUUCUUGCAGAGGGGUUACUUUCUGUGAAACCUAUAUGUGUAUUGUAAUAAAAUAUGUAUCCAUUUUAAA